AUGCAAAGGGGAAGCGCCUGCUGGCGGCGGCAAGAGCAGCCUGCGCCGCCUGUGGCCGACGGCGGUAGCAGCAGCAGCGGCACCUGCCGCCGCUCCAACCCCAGGAAGCUGCGGUCUGGCCCGGGAACCGCCUGGGCUUUGCUCCUCUUUCUCCUCGCCUUUGGGGCGAGCGCGUGCCAAGGUAAGGGCUCCGUUUCAGAGCAAUGCCUUUGCAUUAUCAGCACAGCAUUUCUUUAUGCUGGUUCAGCUUCCCUGUAGGAUGACAGAUUCAGCUCUUACUGGGUUUAAUAUUGAUAUUAAAUGCAUUUACCUUUAUUACUAAAGUCGUCAAUUAAUGCAAUUUCAGCCAGGUAAGUUCUUGUAAUUACACUGUGAACAUAUUUCGAGCUAGUUACCUCCUAAACAAAGACCCAUAAAAAGAGAGACAAACCUCUAUUUUUAAAGGGCCACCAUGCACGCACACGACGGUUUGCAGCUUUAGAAAUCCCGCGCUGUUAGAAAAGCAAAUCUUUUCAGCCCUUUGCAAAGAAGCAAAGCGACCCGCGCUUCUUUCUGGACUCUGCAUUUCGUUGAUGCAGGCUAGGCAAGCGGACACCAACAGGCAGCAGCUCUUCCCUAGUCCACUGAGAUGCUAGCAGACAGCUGCAGAUCUUUGGUCAGGGAGAAGAAUGGUGGGUUAUGACCCAGUUUGCUCUAUGUAUGCUGUGCUCGAAAAUGUCUUGCCUUUGUGCCUGAUGAGGAAUUAUGUGAAACUCAAAAGCUGAUGUCGUUUCACAGCAGCCUAAUACCAUCCUACCGACGACAACAGUUUUGUCAUUUAUUUUGAAAUUAUUUAUUUAUAUUUAUAUAAUGAUAAAUGUCAUUUAUCAGUUUUGUCAUUUCUUGUCAUGGUAUAUAGGUCUGUUUGUAAUUUAUUGCAUUUUGGCUUAUACGAGACUCCAAGGCACGUUGUAUGGAAUUGUCCCAUAAGGUGGUAGGUCAGAUUUCCGCUGUCAUUUUAUUAUAAAAAUGAUGUAGAGCCGAUUUUAAAAUCCUGUCCUGUAGUAGAAGUAAACCAGCAAUAGCAUUUUAGUACAGGUCAUUGUUCCCACUUUCAGAGUAAAUUCUGCGGCACAUAACUGAAAGUCACCUACGUCUACUGUAGAUUAGUUAAAAUCACAGUAAAUGAUAUGUGUAGCAUUUUUCUGUUCAGCGCCUGCCUGAGCAUCAGCACUUUACUGGAUUUUAAACUAAUGUGGGAGAUAAAUUUUGUAGGAAAAGCAGGAUAAAAAACAAAUGUCCUUCUUUUCUAUUCACAAUCCAUUCCGUGGUUUAGACUCUCCCCUCCCUUGUUAAGCAUGGAUGGAAAAUGUCUACUCUUUAAUCAUCCUGAUUGCAUGUAGGAUGGGCAUGUUAAAGGGUGAUAUACAGGACCCUGAAUGAACAUCUUAAUAAUAAAGUAGCUGUCAGUUUAAUUUCAUCUUUGAAGUUCAGAGGAAUUUGUGCAGAGUAUAGUUAGCAAGCAUUUCUUCUAUUCUAGUCCAUUAGAUUUACCAAAAGAAAAAGAAAAGGUAUGGGGAAAAUGAACAAGAAGUUAAUCCUGAACAAAGCUAUUUAUUUUAUUCCCUUGACUUGAAUGUAAUACACAGAUGUAGUUUGCAUCUGUAAAAUGAAAGCAUGAAAUGCAGAACAGAAUAACCUUCAAUACUUGCUGUGUAUUUCCACAGUCACAUUACUUAUAAUUUUUAAAUCUUCAUAAAUAAUGGCAGAGAAGAAAAACAUAGUAAUCUAAUAGUAAUUUACACAGCUGCUAUGCAUAGUAUAAUUGUGGGCCAAUAAAAAUGUAAAGGAAUGUUUUAUUUCUUUCCUUUGUUUUCAGAUUGCACACUGCAAGACUGAAAGCAGCUAAAAAGUCAGAAUAGACAAUCUCUUUCCAAAUAUUAAAUAUGAUUCUGCCCCUUCCAGUUCUUAUUAUCUGCCAAUGAAGAUUGCUUGCCACAUGAAUUGGUAGUAGAUAUAUUUCUGUAAUAGCAAUAAAAGUGCAGGCCUCUGAAGGCAAUAAUUACAAUUUUCAUAUGCUCUGAAAUUUUCACUAAAAAGCUUUCCUUGUGGACAAACAUUUAAUUCUGGGGGUGCCCACCUGUUUUUACAUCAUCUCAGUAAAUGGAGGUAUGGAACAUGCCUUUGUUGGGACAAUGUCUUGUUCCAACAGGAGUUUUGUAUAGGAGCUUAUUCAUUUCUAACCAAUCUGCCUAAGGAAGUUAUUUUUUUUCCUGAGCAAGCUUAACGUUCCAUUUUUUUUAACUGAACAAAAAGAAAAAACCCUUGUUCAAUACAAAGUCUCCCUGUCAUUUUAUGUGGAAUUUAACAGGGUACUAAAUAGUAAACAGAAUUAGUGACAACUUUAAAUAAUAAUACUUUUACAGUUUCAGAAAACUUCCUUGUUUUGUUUUUUUUAAAAAAUAAACAACUCUUUUCUGUGUGAAGCCCUCUUUUUAUGUGAGAUACAUCAUUAAUAUCUUUCAUUUUUGUUCUUUCCGUAGCUUGAAAUAUUUAUUUCUGAAAAUGUACUUGUUUAACAUAUUUGCAAAUUGUCUUGGUUUUGUGAGUUACAUUGAAAUGGCCAUUGGCUACAAAUAAACAAAAACCAAACCAAUUGAUACAGUACAGAACUUUAUAUUCAGUGCCUAAUUGUUUGUGGUGCUGUUAAGUGCUGAAUCGUAACAUCAUUUUCUUGUUUGUGACAUUCAUUAGUUUUCACUCAAAUGCUCACACAUAAGAGCUAGAGCUAGAAAACCCCAUAUUGAUGUUGGCAAUAGAGUGUGCCUCCAGGGGUGAAGUCAAAUCACAUUGCUUUUGCUCUGUUAGCAGCUCUGAAGCGACCACUCCAGGGCACAAGCCUGGGCAGUGUGUAUGGAGGUCCUGGGCUGCCCAUACAACAAGACCCCCCUCUUGACCUCACUGAUACGGUCCAAAGGAAAUGUUUGGCACCAGCUUGGCAGCAGGAGUAGCUGGAAGGAGGUGUACAAGUCACCAUCCUUAGGGACUCCGUUCUGGAUUCAUGUAGGAUUUACUCCUUAGCCUCUUCUUCUACUGAAGACAUCCAACAAGGCAGCAGAGGUUUCAGAUCAGAGUUUUCCUUCUCCUAGAUGGGCUACCUUCCCAGGUUUACAAGCCCCACCUGCCCCUUUACAGCAUGUGCAGAGACCACCUUCUUGAAUGUUGGACCCACUAUUGGUCUCAUUCACUCAAUCCACUGGAACUUGUCUUCACAUGCAGCGGAAGUCCCUAACUUACCAAGGGUUUGAGACCUAUUGGCUUGCCCUCACUUGGUUUAGAUGGCCACUCAAAGUUGUUCCUGGGGUGUGGCCAUUGUUGCAUGCUGACAGCUUCUAGGAGCCACAGGUGAGAGCUGAAUGCAAGUUGGGGGACCAAAGGUGGACAAACUACCCCAGAAGGAGCAUGAUGUGUCCCCCACCAGAGGUACUACUCCUCCCUUAACACCCCAGAGAACCCGUAUUAUAAAUAAUAUUAUGAACAGGCAAUUAAUUCUAAUUUCCAGGUGCACCGAUGGCACCCCAUGUUCUACAAGGAGAACCAGAUUUGCAGUUAUCAAAUGAGGUACAGUGAAAUAUCUUCUGUACUGUUUGUUUAGUUUUUUUAUUUUAGAAAAGGCAUUUAUUUUUAUCAUCAUUAUUAUUAGCACACCUGCUGUAGUUCCUUAAGAACAAUAUAUGUUAUCUUUAUUUGAAAGGAGUGAUCUGCUUUUCAAUACAAGAAUGGCAUGGUAAGGCUGUCGGCAAUGCAAGAUAGUGUGCGCAUCACACUUCCAUGGUGCAGAUUAAAGGAGCACAAGUGACGCUUUAGAACAGCUGUGGCAAAAUAUUGCCAGUAAAAGAGCUUGUAUCCUGACAAGAUUUAACAAGAACAACUAAUGUUCAUGCUUUCAGGAAUUCGGCUCUUAGCUCUUUUCAGGCUUAAACCUUUACUCUGGUUAGAUUUUGUUGUUGGUGCUGCACUUAAGAUGGGUCUUAAUAUUAGUGUUAAAUGUACUGUUCUCUGAUCUGUCAGUUAAGAUCUGGCUAGUAUCUCUCAUGGACGGACUUCUCAUGUGUAUUACACAGGACUUGGUGUUGCCAAAUGCUCCUAAUCUUAUGCUAAAAUGCUUGAGUGAGCUCUAAGUUGCUGUUUCGUGAGGCUUGUCACAACGUUGGGUGCAAACUCCUCUUUAGGAAGGGGUGUCCAGUUGUCUGGCUUUCUGAAGGGUGGUGGUGGUGGUAAGCCUUUGUUCUCUGUCAACUUAAUAUUAAAAAUGAUGGGGCCUCACAUAAAACUCAACAUCUUAUUUUACUAUUUUGCUUCUUUUUCAAUCCUAUGCUAUCUUUGCUCUCUUGUCUAUAUUUACAGAUAGAUGAUGUGUGCUCUACUUACAUGGUCAGGGAUAGUCCAUCUCAGGUCAGUCCAGUUUAAUAAUAAUAAUAAUAAUAAUAAUAAUAAUAAUAUGCUAAAUUUGUCAAAGUAGGUGCUAUUGCUUCAUUUAUCACAUGCCUCAGAUUCUUCUCUCUCUCUCUCCCCCCCCCCCCAGUCCUCUAAUACAUUGGAAGAACUUUGCUAUAUGAUUCUGGAACUUCUACACAAAGCUCAGGUAAAUCCACUUAACGUUUUAUUUCCGAAACAUGGCUGCCAGCAUAUUUUGUACAGUGUAGGGCAUUGCAAUUGUGCAGUUCAGUGUAUACAAAAUACUGAUACAAUUCUCAGCUUUGUGGCUCUCUGGCAGCAAGUGCUUCAGGGCUCUUUGCAGAAAACUAGGUUUACUAAAACGGUAGCAAAACUACUUUUUGAUGUCUGAGAAGUAGUACAGAUGCAAAGCUAUGUGCCACUGUUUCUCUAGAAAGUCUAAUAGAACAGAAUGUGUGCCAGCUGGCGGUUCGGAGUCCUCUAUUUCUAAUCAAUACUGUUAACAUUUUGCAGUUGGGAAUUUGUGUGUACUUUCAGCUCAAUAAUUCCUUGGUUGCUUAAAAACAGAACAAGCCCUUAGUGGAAAGAUGGGCCACUUAACCUUCAUAUGACUCAUAGACUAAUCUUGUGUCUCCCCCCUCUUUAAACGUUUUUUGAGAUGCUGGUGCCCUUGGUGUGCAAUUUAGACUCUUAUCUCAGUUACCACGUUCUAUAAACAAAGUUUCUGGUGCUAGUGGGCUAUAUAGGGCAGCCACAAAGAUAAGCUAGUGUGUGUGGACCAUAUCAAGAGAAAGAUAUCAGAAUCCAGAGGGUGUUAGCUUGAUAAGAUUUCUAGGGACAAGUCUUUAGUGCCCGGUAUAGCUUGUUCUCCCCAGGACAAAAUAUUACCCUGAGGUAAGAAAUAUUCUACAAUUAUCCUUGGAAUACUUUCAUGAUAUAAUUCUACUUCACAUUGUAGUUUUUGUUAUUAUAGUGGUAGAACUUUCUGAGAAAGUAUGCCAUUCCCCGCAACCACUGCAUUCUGUAAGAAACUGAAACCAAAACCAAUAAGGAGAGUAUGAAAUGAUUGUGUUUCAGUAAUAAUUUGUUCUUGAUUGUAGUUUCAUGGCCCAAAUUAUCUUGAAGAAUUAUCUGAUGCCAUUGCCUGCCUCUGUAAGCAGUUGUUGCAUUCCAUGUAGACUCAGACUUCUGAACCAAUUGCAGUGAACAGCCAGAUGACAGUUCUGGGGGGAAAUAUUGGAUUCCGUAUAGUUUCUGUGGAGUAUAGCUACUGUGGAGAAGAAAUGAAUAUAAAAUACUUAAAAUCUUAAACAGUUAAUGGUGCAAUCCUAUGCAUGUUAACUCAGAAGCAAAUCCCAGAAGUAAAUUUAAUAGAGCUGAGUAAUCUCAAAUAAAAGUGCCUAGGAUUGCAGACCCAAUCAACAAUUCUAAAGAUACCAAACCAUGCUAUUUUGCUUUUCCCAAAUGUCCACUCCUUGGUUGUUGAAAGUCUUUGCCAAUUAUUUCCACAGGAGUCAGAUGAAAAGGACAACACCAAAAGAGUAAGCUCCUUGUUUUUUAAAAAUGUGUUUUUUUAUUGUGUGUUAACUGUCUCAAAAAUCAUUACAUAUUAAUCUGUUUCAAAGUAAAAUCCACUUUUAAUUUCUUUGAACAGUUCUUAUUCCAUUAUUCUAAGACCCAUGACACAGGCAACUCAGACAUUCUGGUAAGUUGAACUGCCCAUUCCCCUGUGAGUAAAGACAACAUGAUAUUAUCAUUAUUAUUGGGCUUCAGUUGAUCCCACCUGAUAUUGAAUUCCUAAUCUGUAAAAAGUUUUUAAAACCAAGAAGCAAUCUUGCUUAUAGCCUAGUUACAACAGAUGAAAGCUAAAUGUGAAUGCCAGAGGUUCUAAAUUUAGUGAAACUUGAAUAAUUAAAAAAAAGGAAAGAAAUUGAUGCCGAGUGACAGACAUAUAUGGAACUGACUAAAGACAUAUCUGAAGUAAUCAUAAUCCAAACAUUUUAAAGUUAAAGCUGAGUUAAAGCUAAAUAGUCUUCUAAUACAAAUUAAUGUUUUUAUUCUAAAACACAAUAAAGUUAAUACUAGUUCUUUUAUUAAGGAUUCCAGCUACAAAUAUAGAUAGUGUGAAUUCUAAAAUUUUCUUCAGAAAGAACGGUUUAGAAUAUUUCUUUUUGGGGGUUUUAUCAUAAACAAACAAACAAACAAACAAACAAGAAAUAUCCUACAUGCAAACAUAAUGGAAUAACAUUUUACAUAAGGUCUUUCUUUUAAAGUUCCACCAGUCACAUACACACACACAUCUGUCCUGUAUCUUACAUUAAAGUUUGUAUCUGUUACUUACUGUUCAUUUUGUUACAUAAUCAGUGUUCUAUGUUUAUUGCCACUGUUGUCUGAUUCCUUCAUACCAAUAGACAAUAUAAUGGAUUUUUUGUUACAGCACAUUACUAAAAUGUUAUAAAUAUAGAAAUAUUUUGUAGCAAAAAGUGACAAAGCUAUCAUGAAAUUGCAAUUUCUUUGGGGUUUAUAUCUUGGCAGCUACUUUGUUUCUUAAUAAUUCAAUGUUGCAGUCCCAUAGAAGUUGUACAUUUUAUUGUGUUUAGCUUAUCACCAAGUUUAUACACCAAUGGAAAUUCGAAUACAUUUUAAAACAUACAUUAAAUAAACUGGGCUUUUGAUUUCUCACAGUAUUUGAGUAAAUAACCCCACACAAAUCUUUUGAUAAAAGUAAUUAUAUUAGAAUCACUCCUAACUCAUUACGAAAUCACAGAAUAAGAAGAUGUAUUUUAUCUUUAGCUUUGAGCCUCAUGGGCGCAAAAUAGACCAUUAAGCAAUUAAUAUAUUUAGCGAAUAAUGGUUAUAUAUCUGCUGCAUGAAAUGUUUUGCAUUUUUUAAACAAGAAUAUAAAUGAAAUAUUUUUGAGAAACAUUAUGUGCAGUGCUGUUCAGUUAUGCUCUGACCCCUAACAGAUGCUGCAUGUAUAUUGGGAGCACUUGUGGAGCGGCUUAUUCUGAUUUGGGAUUCAGGUUUGUAGGGCAACAAAAAUUUAGGCUUGAGGUUUCCUGGGGGAAGCGAGGAAAGCCGUAGAGCAGAAUGCACAUAGUCUGAGGUUGAAAUCCUAUACACCUUUACCUGGGAGUGUCCCAUUUAACUCAGUGUGGCUUACAGACUUGUUUAGGAAUGCACUGUAAGGAAUGAAGAAGAGCAGGAGGUAAGGAAGCCCAGAAUUGUUUCAACUGUGGCCAGCAACUGCUGCUUUUUAGCAGUAUUAUUAUAAUGAUUAUUUAUUGAAUUUAUAUACCUCCCUAUACAUGCAGGUCUCAGGGUGGUUCACAGAAUAAAAUCAAAAUAUAAAACAGCAAAAUGCAUAAUCAAAAUAAAAACAACAACAAUCCCAUGAACAUCUACCUUGGCUGUGUGCCUUCAGACUAACUUAGCAUAUUGAAAUUGAGUUGCCAUUCAAGUAUUUUGGCCUCACUGAAGCUUCAGCUUUUCUCCUAAAUAUUGUACCUUAUAUUGUGGAGGGCUUCUGGAAGUAGGCAUAUAGAUUUUAGGGUUCUAUGUAGGAUAAAGGGACACUACUUCUUGAUUAAUGAGGCAAGUUCUUCUUUGUGACCAAGACGAAAAAUUAUGUAUGAAAUGCUAUUAAACAGAUAUAGUGCAAUGAUUUCUGCAUGCAUAAUAACAAUUCCCCUCUCCUCUCUUCUCCCUAUGUGCUCCCUGUGCCCUCCCCCAGUGGCGUAGCGUGGGGGGUGCAGGGGGUGCCGGCCGCACCGGGCGCAACAUCUGGGGGGGGCGCGCUCGCACUCGCAGCUCUCUGCCCCUACCUGGCUCACUCACUCUCUCUCACUGCAGUGCUGGCUGUGCGAAUCCGAUCCGAGCCGCUGGGUCGCUGCCCACUGUGGAGGGGUGGGUGCCAGGCGUGCGGUGCGGAGAGAGAGCGAGGGACUAUCUGGGGGAGGGACAGUGCAGCGGCCGCCCAGCGCAGCGCUGAGCGCGGGAGAGAACCACACCAGACCAGACCAGGCAGCAGCAAGAAGAAGCUGGCAGUGGCAGCAGGUUAGGAGUUAGGGGGCGCAAAUUACUUGCCUUGCCCCGGGUUAGGGGGCGCAAAUUACUUGCCUUGCACCGGGUGCUGACAACCCACGCUACGCCGCUGCCCUCCCCAAAGCCUUGGGGUAACAUGCAGAACAUAUUUAGGGAGUAUGUGUACAUGCAGGUGAGAGAAGAGGGUGGGAAAGUUCCUUUGCAGAGCCAAAUGUUCUUGCACUACAAGAUCUGUUCAUUCGGAUGCUGCUUGGAUUUAUUAGUUCUUCCUGGGUUUGCAAACUUUUCCUGUCUGGAUAUCUAGGAACUUGGCAUUAUCCUGAGACUGUCCAUCUAGCAAGAAACCAUAGGGAGCUUUAUCUAAUGUCUGUGGUGUUAGAUGGCUCAUGGCAACAAGCAGAGGCAGCUCAUCCCAUUUCACUGGCUGAGGCGAAACAGGAAAGUGCACACACUGCACACCACCCUCCUUGCUGCCCUAGCCAAAGUCUCACUUACUGGGGUCACAGAGCCCCACAAGAAGUCACAGAAGCCUCUGGAGGUAUCUGUGUGAUCUUGUAGGGUUCUUGUGAGAUCUUGCCAGAACGGAGAAUCCAUUGUAUCUGCUUCUUCGGAGGCAAGAAGGUGUGUGUCCAUGGAUUCUGCCACCUGAGGCCCUGACAACAAACACUCAGCGAUCAUUUGCUUUUCCAAGCAGUGCAUCUUGCGUACCCAUGUCAAGAUUGCAGCAAACACAGGAAUGGUACUUCUUGACGCUAGUUAUUUCCUCAUCAAAUAAGUUUAACAGUGUGCAUUUAUGCAGGAAAUUGCAACAUCAGAAACAGCUAUGGGAAUGUCUAAAAAUAUUGUCCCAUCAAACAUCUUCAUCUUUUGCUUUGUGUGCUCUGUUUUUGAGUCAGUGCUGCAGUGAAGGGUUUUGUUUGUUUGUGUUUAUACAUCCUGGAUUUCAUUGACUUUCAUGUGUCUGUAUUCACAUCCUCUCAGUCGUCUGUCCUGCAUCCUUUGCUGCAACUUGUUCCACAACUGCAUGAGAGGAGACUGAAGAGAUACAAAGCGGACGUAUGUAACGAUCCAUUUUUCUUUCUAAAACAUGCUGUUUAUUAUUCUGUAUCAUUAUACCGUCUUUCAAGAGUGACUGAUAGUCUUUGUGCUUUCUUUAAAGCACAGCAUUAUUCUGCACGCUUCCUCUUCAGAAGAGUUACAUGUAUGUUGCUAUAUGUCAUUUUAGAAAGUUACAUAAACUGGAAAAAUCUAAUAAUUGACCAUUUUAUACAUCUAAACAACUGUAUUAUCUUUCCUUUUGAAUGGUUGGAUUUGAGGUUGUGCUAUGCUGGUUGAAAUUAAGGAUUGUAAUAAUGUCGUUCAAAGGGCUAGUCCUAUGUGGGGACAGCAUCUUAUAGGAUUAGGCUUAAUAUCCUGGUACCAAGGCUGCACAGAACAAUAUUAGUGCUCUUCAGUCUGUCCUGUGACCUGAUCUUUGACCCUGGUAAUAGCAGCAAAAGUGGCACUGUUGAACCUUGAUUUAUCCCUGCUAGUAUUUUAUUAAAGCCACGGGCAGUGGGGGAGGCAAGGGCUAGCAGAAGUGAACUAACAGUGAUCAGUCAGAACAGUGAUCAUUUUACUUGCCUGAAUAUGUGAUUUCAGGCCACUCUGCCUAUCAUAGCCACCUGUAGGAGGCACAAACCUUGGUACAAAUUUUAGUUUUGUCAGUAUCCUUUUUAAUUUCUUGCACUAAUUAGAUGUCUGCCACAGCUUUGAAUAGUCUGCCACAGCUUUGAAUAGGUACUAGAUUUCCUUGAAGCAAAAUGCAAAUUUGUUAGAUGACUCCAUCACAGUCUCAUAGGAUCCACUGGGAACAAUCAAUUCCACGCUAUAGGGCAUUGGACUGAGUAGAUUUGAUUCUUUUCUUUUCUUUUCUUUUCAAGGCCACUGGUUUCAUCUAGCAUAUGUUUUUUUUACUUGGAAAAGCAACUAAAGAAUAGAUCUGCCAGUCAGUUGUGAAAUAUCCUUUCUGAGAUACUCAGCUCUAUUACUUUGGACAAAAAAGUCCAGUAAUUGAAAAUCCAAAUUUAUUUCAUUCUUAAAAGCAGAGCUGCCAGGAUAAAAGGUAAAGGGACCCCUGACCAUUAGGUCCACUUGUGGCCGACUCUGGGGUUGCAGCGCUCAUCUCGCUUUAUUGGCCGAGGGAGCCGGCGUACAGCUUCCGGGUCAUGUGACCAGCAUGACUAAACCGCUUCUGGUGAACCAGAGCAGUGCACGGAAACACCACUUACCUUCCCGCCGGAGUGAUACCUAUUUAUCUACUUGCACUGGCGUGCUUUCAAACUGCUAGGUUGGCAGGAGCAGGGACCGAGCAAUGGGAGCUCACCCCGUUGCGGGGAUUUGAACCGCCGACCUUCUGAUCAGCAAGUCCUAGGUUCUGUGGUUUAACCCACAGCACCACCUGCGUCCUGCAGGAUAGCUGCUUUUAAAUCAAGAGAAUUUAAAAUAUGAAUCACACCAGGAAAAGGAGAGAGAUUUAAAAUUGUUUUUGUUAUGCAUACAUUUCUGGAAUAAGAGUGCCUUCUAGUUGCCGGCUAUAACAGCCUCACCAAGUCACCAAGUUUGAGUCUUCAAGAGCCAGCUAGUUUCCUGAGGUGUGAUACCAUAAAAAACACUGGGUGGAAUAUUGCCACAUUCUAUCCAUUUUUAAGAUGCUACUCAUUUGAUUAAACUUCAGAUGUAUAUGACUAGCUACUCCCUUCUUCCUCUCCUUUCAGAGCUUCAAAUUCAGUCAGUUCUAAUCCCAUGAGGUACUGAAAAAACAACUAAAAUAAGAACUAUCCAACUCUACAAUUUGAUGAUUCUAUUUAGUUGCUUGCCUUUAAGAGGAGAAAUCAGAACAAAUGAUUUUGUAUGUGACCUACUAAUAAAUAUUUCAGAGCUCCUUUUACCAUGUCAGAAAGGAAAAUGAUGCAAACAGCCAAUACAUACUUAACACUAUCACAGCCUGAGGUUAUCAGAUUUUUGUUUGGAAGCAGUUAACUAGAAGGCAAAGAGGAAAGCAAUCUGCUUAGCACAAAUGCUAAAACUGUGAAGAGAACAAUAUGUCCAGCUGAUAAAUAUUUGCAUAAUGGAAUCAAGACAGGCUGCUAGCAUGCAUUAACAAUUUAAUAGAAAAUACCUGCAGUGCCCUUUGAGGAAAUAGCAAGACAUACAAUAUGUAUUUGAAAUCAUUUUAUUAAUUAAAAGAGCGAGCUAUUUUAUACGGAAUAACUUGCAAGACUGAAAGAGAGUCUUGCUUGUGCCCUUUAGAUAAUCAUAUUAGCAAUUUAUGUGUUGAAUUCAAUAUUUGUGGAAAAGUCUUUAAUCUAACAGAGGCCUCUGCUCAUAGAACAUGCAAUUUUUUUCCAAUUCUCUCUUUUCCCCUGCUGCUCCCCGUACCUUCAACAUGCUUCUGGAGAGCCCACCAAUCCUUAAGAGCAGAUUUUGGGUGGGGGAGCACAGAAUGUUGCAGGGGAAGAGAGCGUUGGCAAAAAUCACUUUCUUUCUUCUUCAUGUAGAGCAGUGGUUGCCAAUUGGUGCUCCGUGGACCCUAGGGGUCUACGUAACCCACCCAGGGGGUCCUUGGCACCAUUCACAUAAUAAAAACAACUAGGGGCCAGCACUACUUAGCUAAUUGGGAAACCACUGAGAAUCAAAAACCCUUCCAGAAAUGGAAUGGCACAGUUCGAUUCAACCCACUGAAUAUCUGAAUUUCACAUUUUAUUUGGCAUAUGCUCCUAACUUUUAAAAGUCAUACAGUUUCCUUGCUACAGCUUUUGCAGGUAUACUGAUUAACUGCACUGCCUAACUUCUGAGAAUAUUGUACCUAAUAUAACAGAGUGCUGGUGUGGGUGCUUUGCUAUACAAAUCACUUGCCUCUUAUGUAAGGGUUGUCUUCUGGGAAUAGCACAUAAAGCCGGAAUUACACAUAGUAAAACAAAAACCUUGGAAUAGCCCCCGCACAAAAAAAUCAUACCUUCCAGAGCUGGCAACCAAACAUGUCUUAUCUGCUCCCCUAAGCAAGGCAAAGAGCUUUUAAUAAUAUUAAUAUUAAUAUUAAUAUUAAUAUUAAUAGCUAUUCUUCCUGCAUACCUCUUUUUCUGGAAUUAUUUUCCUCCUUAUAGACUAAGAAAAAGCUAAAUUGUAUGUGAAUAUUUCUUUGUUGCUCAUUCAUUAAAUAAUUAAAAAGAUUUAUGUAUAUUUUUUAUUAUACCGAGUCACAAUAAUAGAAAGAAGCUUGGCACUGUUUCUCAUUCCAAUUUCAGACAAACAAAGUGUAGUUUUCCACAAAUCUAUGUCUUCGUUGAAGUAACUGACAGCUUCUUUUCUUUGCCUAAUUUUAUUUCUCUUUCUAAACUGUCACCAAAAGUAGGCUGGACUCUCCACCCAACCCUGCCACUAGCCAUAGCACAAAUCCUAGAGAUAUGCAAUUAUUAUAAAUUCAUAUUAUAUUAUUUAUUAAUUUUUAAAUAAGAAAAUUCCCAAUAUUUCAUGCUGUUUAUGACCACUUGUGUUGCAGCAUACAUUGUUGUUACAUUGCUACUCAAGUAUGUGUUGUUUUGAAAUCUAUUCUCUUUUCAGGAAGAACUUCGAAUACCUGGAGGAAUUCAAAGUAGGGGCUACUUUAUCUUCCGGGUGCGUAUUUUUUGUUUGUAAUAUGCUGGUGAUUUUGAAACAAACAAAUUCUAGCAUUUUAGAAUCCACUUUAAAUUUGUUUAAAUUUUGUUCUUCAGGUGAACUAGAAACUAAGAGACGUGUGGUGAAUGCGGUGGAAGUCUUUUAGAAUAUUUUAGAUUAUGAAUAGUAUUUUUUUCUUUUAUCUUUUAUCUCUUUUCUUUUCUAGUCUGCAUGUUGGAAAAUACGUAGACAAAUGUGUUCACAGUGUUAUGUAUUGAUUUUUGUUUCUAUUUCUUUUUUAUUUUUAUUUUCUUGUAAUAUUUAAUAAAAACUAAUAAAAAUUAAUAAAUAAAUAAAAUGUUUAAAUUUUUGAAUCAGUUUUAGGGGGCUACUCAGUUAAAAUUCUUUUUAAAGCAUUCAACAAGACACUACUUAUCUGACAUUAUUUCUUUUCCAGCCACGCAAUGGAAGGAGAUCUGCUACAUUUCAUUAA